AUGAGGAUCCAUUACCUUCUCUUCACAUUUCUCCUGGUGCUGCUGUCUCCAUUAGGAGCCUUUACCCAAAGUAGGAGAGCAUGUGUUGCCAGAGGAGGCACCUGCCGGCAGCGGAAAUGCCCUGGCCCUUGGCAAGACACUGGCUCUUGUGAAUCUCGUAAUGUAAGAUGCUGCAAGAAAAGUGGCUAA